GCUAAACCCGAAGGUGCUGCAGCCCCCAAGGAGACCCCCAAGAAGAGGAAGAAGUUCUCAUUCAAGAAAUCCUUCAAGCUGAGCGGGAUCUCGUUUAGGAAGAGUAAGAAAGAAGCUGGGGACUCCUCGGGGUCCUCUCCCACGGAGGAGCAAGGGAAGGCAGAGGCCAAGGGCGAGGAGAACCCUGCUUGCUCGGGCAGCGGGACGCAGCCGUCGGCUCCCCCCGAGGAGGGGACAGCAGAGGAGCAGGGCAGCCCCGGGGAGAGCAGCCCGGCUGCGGAUGGGCAGCAGGGAGCUGAGCCCGAGAAGGAGGAUGCAGAAGCAGGAGGAAGGAAGGAGGAGGAGAAGCAGCAGCAGCAGCAGCCAGGGGAAAGCCACGGAGAUACAGCCAAACCAGGGGAGCCCUCAAAAUCUGUGGGGCCUGAGCCUACAACAGCUCCGGCAGCGGUGGAGCAGAAGGAAGAGUAG